AUGCGCGUGCUGACCUCAGUGCUCGUGCUGGCGCUGAUCGCUGUGUGCGUCUUCGGCCAGGCAACCCAGGAGGAUGGCGCAUCAGCAGGCCCUGGGGAGGAGGCCAUCUGCGGCUGUGCUUGCGAGAACGACCUGGUGGAGCAGCUGCUGGGCGUCCUGGCGGUGGCAGCAGAGCAGUACGAUGCCCUAUUGAAACAACUUGUGCGCUUGAGGCACGAGGGAGCUGUUCGAUCGGCCGCUCUGGCCGUGCCUUUGGAGCUGUCGUUCCUGCUUGGUUUGAUCUCCAUCUUCGCAACCGCGCGCCUGGCGGCCUCACGGGCACGACGUGGCAGCAAUGUGCAGCUUCAGAAGCUCCAAACGGUCCUUAGUCAGCGGACCACGCAGUGGGAGAUCGCCGCGCGUGAGAGCACGGACCUGGCGGCGCUGCUGCAGCAGGCGCCGCGGGUGUCGGUCCAGUCGCAAACCGCCACACUGUCUCAGUGGGAAAAUCCACAUGAAACGGCAGCUCCGAUAGCAGACACGUCAUGCCAGCCAGUGAUCGAGCAGAAGGUCACAAUGGCGGUGGCCGACGCAAGCAAGAACUCGGGGCGCGACACGGACCCUUCCAAGCAGUCUGCCGGCAAGCCUGGUGCCCGAUCUCGCACCACUGGCGCAGCGUCCGCCUCGACCCCGACCUGUGGCGGUAGCGCCCCUUCCCCAGCCCGCCCCGCUGAGGAUGGCGUGGCGGCAGCAGCAGCAGGCACGAGUCCCCCGCCUGCCGCGACAGCGAGCCGCGGCGGCGACAACCAGGCUGUCAGGCACCUGCAGUUUGAAGAGGACCGGCCAGGCGGUCGCCAGGUCAGCGUGGAGGAGCUGCAGGCGUUGGUUGAGGACUUCAACAGGAGCCGCCUGGAGCAGGGAUUGACGCAGAUGCGGCUGACGCCGGCCACAGAGGCAGCCAUGGAUGCCGAGGGGCGGGCACAGCCGCAGCCGCCGCACGUCGGGCCCGCCGCCGCGCGGCAGCCGGCGUCACCCCUGGCCGUGGCCGCCGCGCGCGCAGCGACCUGGCCGCAGCCGCUCGAGGCGCCGCCGCUCGGUGGCGACGAGGUGCAGCGCAUGCAGCUGCGCAUCAGCCAGCUCGAAGCGCAGGUAGCGCGCGGCGGCGCGCCGCCGCCGGCGCCCCCGCCGCCGCCGGCUCAGGUGCUGCCGGCGGGCGCGCAGUAUGCGACGCGCAACGAGCUAGAGCUGGUGCAGGCCAAGAUGGAGCUUUCGCAGGAGAACCAGGCGGUGAGGCAGGAGAACGCCGCCCUCAAGCAGCAGCUGCAGGCGCAGGAUCAGCACCUGGCGCUGCUUGCGGCAAGUCAGGGCGACGCCUGGGUGACGACCACGCGCGGGGGCACCGCGGCGGGCGGCAGCGACGGCGGCGGCGGCGCGGGGCAGCCGGAGGUGUGGGUUCCAGCGUCCAGCCUCGCGGGCUCCUGGACGCCGGGCGGCGUGAAGGUGGGCGCGAGUAUCCUCGCGGGCAGCAUGCUGACGCCGCCGCCGCGCAUCUUGUGCGGCGGCGCCGGCAGCGCGCGCGGCACGCCGGCCAGCGACGGGAGCGUCAAGACCACGCACACGCCCGGCAGCGGGGGCCCGUCCGCACGCGCGAACGGCGGGGCCGGCGGCGCGACGAGCCGCGCGAGCCCGGGAUCGAGGGCGCCGCUGCUGCCGGGGCUGCGGACGGGGUCGGCGGUCGCGUCUGCGGUCGCGUCGGCAGGGGCGUCGCCCAGCAAGGGCAGCAGCGGCGGGACGCCUCGGGACCGCCUCGCAGCAGGCCUGUUGGACACACGCAGCAAGAUCGAGCAGCUUGGCCAGGCACUCAAGGCGUCACCGCUGUCCUCCAAGGCAGCAGACAAGCACAGCCCUGGAUUUGCUGUCAUGCACAACAGCAGCAGCAGCCCGCAGCCUGCCAUGCAGUGA